UAACAAUCAUUUACACUUAGCAUGAAGGUGGUAUACAAAGUAUAAAUGUUGUUCAACAAGAUGAAGAACUGGAAGAUCAUCCAGGAAUUAUUGAAAUAAUCUGGGAAUACACGGACACUAUGGUUGACGAUAAUAAUUGGAUUGAGGGUGAAGUUGAAGUUAGAGCACAUUAUGUUGAUGACAUUCCACAAAACUAUACACUGAGAUGGGUAGCUGUGAGUGGAAAGUCAAAAGUUGGUUGGGCGGCUGUUGAUGAUUUUAGUCUGAUUAGAACUGAUGGUUGUAUGCUUAAACCAUCAGGAGCACAACCUUCCUCAACUACUCCUACAUCAACUCAUCCUCAAGAAAGUGACUUAAGUUGUGACUUUGAAACCGACUUCUGUAGUUUCCAAGCUAAUGGGGAAGGAAAAUUUAACUUUACAAGAAAAACUGGGAACGAUGCAAGUCCUGAUGUUUGGGACGAUCACAACGGAAACAAGGAGACAUUUUUCCUUUUUGCUAAGUCAGAUGGUGAUCUUAAUGAAAGAAUGGCUUACCUUAAAAGUGAUAUAUUUCUGGGAGAUGAUCAUGAGAUAGAAUGUUUUCAUUUUUGGUUCAAUAUUGAUGGUUUUUUGGGCGAGGCUGAACCAUUAGAAACAUUGGCCAUUGGCUUAGAAUAUGAAUCUCCCCGAAAUACAAGUAUCGUCUGGUUAUAUUCUAAGCCUACUGAAGGAUGGAUGGAAGGGCAGAUAGAAUUACGAACCAUAGGCCAUAAUGGUUCCUUUGAAAACUGGAGAAUUUAUAUUGUUGUAGACAAAAUUUCAGAUAGAAAGAUUUUUAUUGCUCUUGACGAUUUUACAUUCAGACCCAGUGAUAUAUGUGAGGUAAUGCCCCCAGAUGCAUGGUUUGGAUCUACAACUGCAAACCCAGAAACCACCUCAUUUAACUGUGGAUUUCAAUGUGAGGAUGGAGGAUGUGUUAAAGAGAACCAGGUCUGUGAUUUUGUGAGUGAUUGUCACGAUGCGUCAGAUGAAAAGAAUUGCCCUGUAUCAUACACCUUUGAAAACUGUUUGAGUGAGACUGGAUCUGAGAAUUGUGGAUUUGAAGAAGUUCCAGUUGACAAUUUAGAUUGGAGUAUUGCAACAAAAACAGACUCAGAGAGUUCAAGCCAUCCAAUCGAGCGGGACGGAAAGUUUCUUUGGAUUAAAAAAAAGACAGAUAAUGUUUCCAACGAGCUGGCUAGAGUGCAUAGUACUGAAUAUCAAAACAGUGCUUCAUCAUGCAUCAUCAGAUUCUUCUAUACAAUAAGCGAAGGGCUUAAUGGAGCUUUUAUCAAGCCUGGAAUCCAUUUGGUAGAUGAAGCUCGAGAUGUUUUUCUUGAUUAUCUGGCUGAAACUUCAGGAUGGGAGGAUAGAGUUAUACAAAUAGGCCGGAAACAUCAGAAGUUUGAGGUUAUAUUUGAGAAGGAUAAGGGAGAUUAUGAUGCUGGAGUUGCUAUCGAUGACUUAUCAUUUGAAGGCUGUGCUCUACCCAGACCCGAAGAAAGUUGUCCUUCUGAACUUUUUCAAUGCAACAACAAGGUUUGUAUUCUGAAUGAAUAUUUAUGUGAUGUGGCGGAUGAUUGUGGUGAUCAGUCGGAUGAAGACGAAACACAUUGCAAGGACUUUCAUCCCACCACUUUCGAAGAUGGGGGAUUUGGUUUGUUCACAACUCAGGAGGGAGAAUUAUUUCACUGGGAGAUAGGUAGUGGUAGCACUGAUAACAAAAGAACUGGGCCACCUUUUGAUCACACAUUAUUUGAUGUCACUGGUUGUUACGUUUACAUAAACAGUGAAUACCAGGGGGAAAAUGCUAUUGCAGAAUUGGUAAGUGUCCCCUUCCUUAAAAGUGAUGAUGGUAAAGUGUGUGGCAUGGUGUUCUAUUCACAUAUGAAUGGUCCUCUGGUUGGAAGACUUUCUGUCUUACUCAGACUAGACGAUGAUAAUGAGAUAGAACUUUUUGGUAUUGAAGGAAGCCAAGGAAAUAUCUGGAAACGAAACAAAAUUGAAAUCACAAAUUCAACAAUCUUUAAUAGCUUUAGAAUUGUUUUCAAAGCAACGAUUGGGGAGAGAUAUAUGGGUGAUAUUGCAUUGGAUGAUAUUGUUUUUGAUCCAAAUUGCAGACCUGGAUGUUCCAAUGAUCAAUUCAGCUGUCCAGAUGGAAAAUGUUUGGACAAGGAAAAGAUCUGUGACUUUAGGAGGGAUUGCAUGGGAGGAGAAGACGAAGCAGAAUGUCCUGAUUUUUAUGAUUUUGAACAUUGUCAAUCUUUAGAAGAGUGUCAUUGGAAGAAUCCGGUUCCCAACAGUAUCAACUGGGUAAUAAGCGGAGUGCUUCAGGAUGUUAAUGGUCCAAACUUUGAUUUUGAAAAUAAAACAGAUGGGCACUUCUUAUAUGUAUCGCAUGGAGAAAAGGGCGAGUCUAUUGCAGAGAUUGAAAGUUCUCCCUACAGGAACACAAAUGUUGAUUGCUACUUGUCCUUUUACUUGUACAUGUCCUCGCCAGAUAUUAAAGAUUAUGUGUUCCCAAUGAUGAAGCAUGUUGCCCUCGGAAUGUCAACAGAGCUUGAUAGGUUUGACCUAAACAGCAUAACAGAUGGUAUGUGGACUAAAGUUGUAAUUGGGCUUGGAAGACAUCGUGACUUGUUUACUAUUGUAUUUGGUGUUGUACAUAAUGCCGAUGAGUACAACGCUGGAAUUGCAAUUGAUGAUAUUCAAUUCUUUGACUGUGCUGUAAAAUCUCCUCAAGAAAGCUGUUAUGAUGACCAGUACCAUUGUGAAAUAAACAAAGCUUGUGUAUUUAAGGCACAACUUUGCGAUUUUGCAGACGAUUGUGGAGACAACAGUGAUGAGGUGCUAGAAGUAUGCAAAGAUUAUACAGUUUCCAACUUUGAAGACCCAGAACUUCCUUUUGGAUUCUUUAAACAAGAUCAUCCUUCAGCCGAUUUUCAAUGGAGUAGAGGGAAUGGAACGACAGUUAAUAAACAAACCGGUCCCCCGUUUGACCAUACCCUUUUCAGUCCGGAGGGACAUUAUCUUUUUAUAGCAUCAGAAAAUCAAAAUUCUAAUGAAAGAGCAUAUUUGAUUACUAAUCUUAUAAAACCAUCAACACAAGAUUGUAGUAUUCGAUUCUUUGUUCACCUGCAUGGAAAAGGACUUGGAAAUCUUACUUUAUAUUCUGAGAGCGCUUUGGGUGAACUAACUUUGCUCUGGGUCUCAUCUGAGCAAGCAGAAUAUGUGGACGUUAAUGUUUGGCAACGGGUGACUUAUUCUUUGGAAUCUGCAUCUGAAUUCCGGAUAGUAUUGGAAGCUUCUGUUGGGAAGAAAGGAGAGGGCGAUAUAGCGAUUGACGACGUUUCAUUUACCCCUGCCUGCAAAUUUUUUGAUGAACCAACUACCAAAACUACUGAAGCCACAACAGAACACCACACCACAGAGCAUCAUACAACAGAACAUCACACAACAGAGCGUCAAACCACUACACACUUCACAACCGAGCCUCACACAACUCAUACAACGGAAAGAAUAACUACAGUUGCGACUGCAGCUCCAUUCGAUGAAAAUAAGACACCUGUCACAGUUAUUGCUGUAGUUGCUGCCUGUUUGAUAGCUAUCAUUCUUGUUUCUGCUGGAGUGUACAUCGUUAGAUCCCGAAAUCUUAAUCUACCGAGAUUGCUUGCAUUACAAUCCUUUUUCAACCCAAACUAUCAACGAAUGGAAGAUAAUAAUAUGGUUAGUUUGAAAGAUUUGCGAUCAAAUCAAGCUUAACACUAUGAAUUCUGCCGAGUGAUUGGAAGGAGUGGAAAGAAUGAGAUAAAAAUGAAAAUUGCCUUGUUCUGGUUUUAAAAGAAUGUUCUAAAUUAUUAUGUUUAAGUUGAGCAAUAAAAAUAUUAUGCAAAUA